AUGCACAGCUCAUAAACAUCAGUUAGUAGUAUUAACUUACCAAAAAUUUAAUAAAGUUAAUCUGCACUGAAUUCACCUGCAGAAAGAAUUAAUUUUAUGAUUUCAGGAAACUAAUCUGUUAGAAGUCAAGAGAGUACAGUUGCUAAUAGUAUGCUUCACCAUGAUUUUAGUUAAAUGAGAAGCUAUAGCUGUGUCAAAAAAGACAAAUGGGAUAACAAAUUUAAGUUAUUAGAAGUAAGGAGAGAGUUAAGGUAUACUAGUAAUUCAGCUAAAAGCACUAAGCAUUUGAUGCAAAGUAUAAGCCCUUAGCUCUCAUCAAAGAGUGCGUUCAAGUAGCAAAUUUCUCUAUGGGGCAAAGAAUCAUCUGCUUUCAAAUAAUCAGUUUUUUUUAACGAUAAAGAAAUGGAAAAGCACUUAGCAUAAGAAAUCGAAAAAUUAGAAGAUGAGUAACAUGAAUAAGGAAUAUGGAAAAAAAUAGAUGAAUCAUUUGAAAAUCCAGCAGAAGAUAACAACUAAAAGGUGAUCAUUGGAGAUGAAGCUGCAGAUAAUUACUACAAGCAUUACAAAAAGUUAGAUAAAGUGUAAUAAUAAAAUAAAUUCUUCGAAAUUUAAGACUCUACAUUCACUAGUAUUUUGACCGCAUCAUAAAAAAAAAUGGUUACUCCUUGUAAGAUAGGACUAAUUAAACCAAAAGGAAGCGAAGAAGAUUUAGUUAUAAAAAAUAUGAAAUAUGGAGAUUCUUAUGCAGAAGUAUUAAGUGAAGGUAUGAGAAGAGUUCCCCAUAUUUAAAAUUUUUAUAUGAGUGGAAAUAGGAUAACUAAUAAAGGUGCUGACGAUUUACUUAAAACAAUUUCUAAGAAGGCUCGAGUACUGGAGCUAGCUGAAAAUCAGAUUGGUAGGAUUGGAUGUGAGCAUAUUUCAAGAGCAUUAUAUGAUAGAGAUUCAAAAAUAGAGAUUUUGAAUUUAGAAGGAAAUAAAUUAGGAGAUGCAGCAGUUUCUCUAAUAUUAAACUCUUUAGGCAACAAUAAAACAUUAAUAAUUUUGAAUCUAUCUAAAAAUUACCUUACUGAUAAAAGUGCUGAAAAACUAGGAUCUCUUUUAGAUACUGAUUAUUAUCUAAAAGAACUAUAUUUACAUUGGAAUCAGAUUAAAGCUCCUGGAGGAGCUUUUAUUUUUACAUCAUUAACAGAUAAUGAAAGUCUAAAAGUAUUAGAUAUGAGCUGUAACUCAAUGGGUUCUGGAGGUUAGUGUGUAGAUGAGGUGUGUAACUUUUUAAUUAAAAAUGUUGAAAUGCGUCACUUAGAUAUUUCUAAUAACUAUUUCAAUGUGGAGAGCUCCUUAAAAAUAUCUGAAGCAUUAGUUAAAAAUAAAACUAUUUAUGGUUUUCAUUAUUCUGGGAAUGCUGGAUAUAUUGAUUCAAGAGGUUUCUUAGUAGUAAAUGAAAGUUAAGAAUAAAAUUUGACUGGUAUUCACGUUAAAAAAAGAAUUAAUGGAAAUAAGGCUCUGGGCUAAUUCAUUUUAAGAAAUAACAGAGAUAUUGAUCUCUAAGACUGUUGCUGGAUAUGUGAAGGCUGGAAUGAGCAAACCAUUACUUGGGAAUAAGAUAAAUCUGGCGAAGGAGUACCUGAUCCCCUCUUCAUUCAUUUUAACUUUGAAAACUAUAGGUCUAAUUAUACUGGUAAGCCAACAAGUAGUACUAUUGAAUAUAAGAGAAUGUAUCCACCUGGGCAUUUAUUCUAUUUCUAUACUUUAGAUGAAACUGUAUGUAUCGAUAAAUAAGACCCUUAAAAGUUAGCUUUGAAUCCAGAAGGUAAAUAAGUAACUAGUAUCAUGUAAUAUGAUGGAAAACUAGUAGAUGCCGAUCUAGAAUAACUUAACAAAAUUGAUAUCAAAAAAAAUGAAAAUGUCUUAGAUGAAAAUUAUAAUCCCACUAUUUCUAUCCUGCCAAGAACUCCUGACCCUACCUAUAUUCCUGCUAAAACAAAAAAGAAAAGAGUAAAAUGGACCUUCCCUAUAUCUUUGUUUGCAAAAUGGCGUCCUGAUGACGAUGAAAUUAUUAAAAAAUGUUUCGAAUAUGAUUGGGACAAUUGUAAAAUUCAACAGAAAGUAAAGAAAUAAGAAGAUCAGGAUUAAUUGAAGGAAUUUCUCAGAUCAAAAUAUAAGCACAUUAAAGAAACUUAUAAGCAUUUUGCAAGUUUAGCUCCUAUUUAAGAUAUUUGGUGCAUUCAAAAUGGACCCUGGUUGGAACUUAUUUCUAUAAUCAACAUUUUAGACUAAAAAGUAAAAGAUGCAGAUAUUAAUCUUAAAUGGACAGCUACGAUAUCUGGUGGAGAUAAAUCUAACUUUAGAAACCCAGAAAGAGGUAUAAAUAGACACUAGCUGAUGGAAGCAUUAGUCAGAAUUGCAGAAGAAAAAUACAUAUUGAAAUAUGGUAAAGUUAAUACAUUCUACGAAGCUACAAAAUUGCUAUGGGAUGAACACUUAGAGUCUGUAUUCGUUGAAAAAUAUAAUCAACAUAAAUGGAGGGUAGAGUAGUAUUGGAUAGAAGAUAUAGACCUUUGCUUAAAGAAUUAUAAGAAAAUAAUAGACCACAUUUACAAAAAGUUUGCAAAAUUAAAAGUUAAACCUGGACAACCUCCUUUUAUGUGUCUCGAAGAAUUAAAUAAAAUUGUCACAGUUGCUGGAUUACUUGAAGACGAGCAUUUUGGCUCUUCAGUAGCUAACAUGGCAUUUAAUUUUUCCAUGAUGACCUAAAUAGAUGAGUUAUAAAGUGAUAGAAUUUUCUAAAUGAGUCAAGUUGAAUUUUAUGAAGCCCUUACCAGGAUAGCAUAAGAAGCUUGCUUAACAGUAGGCCCAGGAAUAUAUCCAGCUGAUUAUGAAUGGACAUGGGAGAAGAGACAGCAGUAAUCGCUAGCCUAUAAACUUGAAGGUUUAAUAUUAAGGCUUCUUGAUACUGUGUGCGACUCCUCGUUUAAGGCAUAGUAUCCAAAAAUAGAAAAGAGUUUCUUUGUUAAAGUUGAUGACAGCGAUGAAUACGAAGACUGA